AUGAAUUUGAAAGGAGCGCAAGUACCAUUCACCAGGCGUGAAUGGGACAUUGUAACAAAUGUAUAUCGAAGUGAUAAAGCAUCCGAAUUAAAACAUGCCGUAGCAUUAAUCGUUUCAUGGAAGGCAAGGUCUGGCGAUUCGGUACACGUGGCUGCAGAUAUGACUGAAAUGCUGUUACGCGCAAUCAUUAUGGACAAGGAGAUCAGAGAUGAUGACUGGUUCAAGAUCGGGAAUGUAAAACUCGCCUAUUGUACUGCUAUUAUCAGGUUUGGUCCCAGUCGUUAUUCAACGUUGUACUGUAGAAGAUAUUCCUAA